AUGGCGGCCAACAUACAACUGAAACAGCUUGCUGAAAGAUCGAGAAAUGUCGCAAAUGCGAUUCUCAAUCGCGAUUUACCUCCCAUUGAACGAAAUUUGGAACAAAUAGAGAAGCAGUCGCGUAAACUUGCUGACAAAGUUGUAAAGCCCGGAGAAACCCCCGAAAGAAAAGCUCCUUAUUUCCUAGCGAACAUUGGAAUUGACGGAGAUAAAUUAACACAAGAGGUGAAGAGCAUCAAUGUUUUAGGUGCCUUUGAACCGCGAGUUGUCCUGCCGGAUACGGACGUCGAGAAAUAUCUCGAUCACAAACAUCAACAAACGAUCACAAGUAUCAUCAAAGAUGGCUAUGCGCAGACCAUCAAUGAUUAUAACUCCCAUUUUGAUCGAUGUUUGCAUCAAGACUGGGACAAAUUCAAGAGAAAGGUGUUUGAAGAACUGGGUCAACACGUGCCAGUGAGUUCCGUCGGCAGUCUAGAAUCAUCCAUCGGUGUUGGCAAUAGUCGUAGUAUGACGCAGUCGAGAUUUUCAUCGAGCACGUCCUUACCGAGUAGCAGCGAUUUUCGAUCGACAAUGGGAAAGAAAUUGGUGCAGUGUUGGCAGGCACUUGCGUGUAUCGUUGGAGAAGAUAAUGUCGUUGACGGACGUUUUACGCGAAAUCCAUUGAAACAAGGACACUUUAAGACAGUAUACAACUCGCCCUCUGACGCAGAUUAUAAAAGCUUUUGCAGAUACCUCAUAAAUGGCUCAAGGCGUUACCUGGAGGAAUCUUAUCGAUCAUGGUCAAAUAUCUAUGUGAAUUCUUUCCGAAGUGAAGCUAUGUUGGGCGGAAUGCCAUCCGCCAUCAACAUGGCGCGUGCCGUCCUACGCGCAAUCCAUCGACCUAACGGAGGAAUUCCAACCGAUAAUUUGCAUAUGACAGAUAGUGUUCCGAUAUGGGGCCACAUCUUCGUUCUCGUGAGACAAGGCUUUUAUCAAGAAGCUUUGGAGGUUGCAAGGGGUUAUGAACCUCUAUUGCCUAGACAAGAUUCACAAUUCAUUACAUAUUUCUCGCGUUUUGUCUCCAACAACAAUAGUCUUCCUUCACAAGAUCGACAAAAAUUGGUUGCGGAAAUGAAGCAGUGGAAUCCCUUAACUUUUCAAGAUAAAGAUCCAUACAAAUUCAUAAUGUAUCAGAUCGUCGCGCAGCUUGAAGAAUUACCGCAAAAACCUCAAAUUGAAAGUGUCAUUCCUACUUCGGAAGAUUUUAUGUGGAUGAAGUUGAUGUGCAUUCGAGAGAUCGAAUCAGUUGGUGGCAUUUCGAGUGACACUUUGUCGUUGGAAGGUUUGCAAAAAACAAUUCGAAACUUGGGUCCUAAUCAUUUCAAUCACGGCGGAAAGGACCCCAUACAAUACUUUCGCGCUCUGUUGCUAACCGCUCAAUUUGAGAGGGCAGUCCAUUAUCUAUAUCAAACGGAUCAUACCGAGGAUGCGGUUCAUUUUGCCGUCGCACUUGCAUACUAUGGAUUGCUCAGGAUACCAGAUUACGGAGAAACCAUGGCACUACUUGUCGAAGUCGCGGUUCCAUAUCUCAAUUUCAACACGCUCAUCGUUCAAUAUGCUCGUUCGUUGGUCAAAGAAAAUGCACCCAGCACCGCAUUACAUUACCUUCUUUUAUUGUACCUUCAUUGCAACCCACGUACCGAGUCCGGUUACUUUCAGGUUGAAUUGUGUCACGAAAACGUUCGACAACUCGUGUACGAUACAGAAGCAUUCACCGAUUUGGUGGGCGACGCCAGAAGAAAGGAGGGACUGAUAAGAAAAUACAUGUCUUUGAUGUAUAUAGAGAGCGAUAAGGAGUAUACGGGGAUCGUUGUCAAUACUCUUGCAAGACAGUGUGUCGAGGAUGGUAAAUUCAAAUCAGCGAGAAAUCUAUAUGAAUUGACCGAGAAUUAUGAAGAAAUCGUUGCAUUAUUUAACAAAAUGCUCGCAGAAUACAUUUGGAUUUCAAUACGCGGGGUGACCUUCCAACCGGAAACGGCCAAAGAGUUGGACCCAAAGGAGAUAACACGUACCCUAAAAGAUUAUGAGCAACAUCAUGUGACAAUGAGAAUAUCUCAAGAUCUCCUAAGGGAUUGUCGUACUCGUCUGGGCCUGGUGGAAUUUGUCGAGAUGCAUAAGCAGCAGAAUUUUGCGAGGGCGUUAAUUCAACAAAUCGAGCUCUUCCCAUUCGAGGAUGAUAUCAACAUCAUUCAGAAAAAGGCCAGCGCCAUCGAAGCCUCGGACGAUCAAAUGAAAAACUGUGUUCCGGAACUUUUGCACAUUACCAUGCGCUGUAUACAUGCAUAUUAUCAACAAUUAAAGGACCAAAUGACGAGGGGGACGCCGGGUCUAAAUCGGAGGCAUAUAGAAGAGUCGGCCGCUCUUCAACGAAAGGCUAAAGCGCUCGUGACAUUUGCCGGGUAUUUGAAAUAUAGGUAG